AUGUUUCUGCGAUUGAUUGAAGCAAUCUUAGGAUUGGGCCUUUUUGGUCAAGCUCUUUUCGAGAUCGGAACUAAUUCAGUUUGGUGGGCGUACGUGCCAGUUUACUUGGUACCAGCGGUGCUCGCCAUUUUUCAAAUGCCAAGAAAUGCAACGUGGCGUACACUGUCCUCCCUCUCGAUUGUCAUCGGUGGUCUCUACACAUUUUUCUUGCUUUGGACAUUCGCUUCAAUCGAAUCGACUCCUACUAUCCAAUUAGAAGAAGCAAAAAAUAUUCCACCGAUCGCAUUCGGAGCAUUUCUGAUCAGCUUCAUUCGUCUCUCGCAAGAUAAAAUUUCUCAACCGGUGCACUACAUCAGAUCAUCAAUAAUUCUAGCUGUGGCUAUUAUCAGCUUUUACGGCUUCAUUACUUAUUUCCCUUUUAAAUUGUGA